AUGGACCUCUCACGGCAAGAGUACCCAACGCUGCUGGCCACCCUGCAUCCCGGCCAAGCUACAACCGUCCUGAGCGAUCGCAUUCGAGUCAUAAAUAAGAUCAAUGCGGAUAUCGCGGAUUAUCUACAGGAACGGCGUCGGGUUGAAGAAGCAUAUGCCCAAGGGUUACGGAAGCUGGCGCAUCGGCCACAGUUGGACAAUGGAGCUGCUCUUGGCAUUUUCCAAAUCCCCUGGCAACGCAUCAUCAGUGCGACCGAAACGCUCGCUGUGUCGCACGAGACCCUUGCGAACAAGAUCGAGGAGGAUGUUGAACGACCUCUAAGAGAAUUCAGCAGCAAGAAUACAGAGAUGAAGUCGAUGCCCGGUAUCCAGAGUGAUCUGGCGGGGCUGGCGAAGAAUGUGGAGACUGCGCAGAAGAAGGUGGACAAGGCCAGGGCAAAGGGUGCCAAAGGUGCAGACAAACUUGCUAGCGAGAUCGCCAAUGCGGAGGAAGUCCAUCAGCAAUGGGAUUCGCGGGCCCCCUUUGUUUACGAGCAACUUCAGGCCGUCGAUGAGACUCGGCUCAACCACCUUCGGGAUGUGCUAACACAAUUGGAGACCCACGAGGUGGAUCAAGUAGAGCGUGCUCGCCAGGCCGCUGAAAGCUGCUUGAACGUCCUGCUCAAUGUGGAAACGGCAGAUGAAAUCAAGACCUUUGCUGCGAGGAUGGCGGGCCCACGGGUCCCUGUGACGCAGGCCAUCCCCAGAAGACAGACUGAACCGGCAGAGACACCUUCCACAAUUGAACCGGUAUCUGACCGGACACCAACUGCGCCAAUUCAGCCUCAGAUAUCCACGCCACCAACAGAGGCGCCGCUUCCACCCCCUCCACGCAUCCAGGAUGAUGAGGCAAGCCAGCUAUCAGAGGCAUCUGAGAGACACGCCGUCGCUCAGACACCACCAGUACCAGAAGCACAGCCACGGCAUACUCCCCUGGGGGGGUUGAGACGCCUUGGCACUGUCAUGAACAGGAGAAAGAGCGUGGUUGUACCCUCGACUGGAUCUUUUGACCGAAAGGCAGAAAAGAAGCGCAGUCCCUUUGCUGCGUUCAAGAGAGCCGACUCCUCUCGCGAUCUGCAAAUACCUGAAUCUCCGCCCGCAACCGCCACUGACCGUCCGGGGACAUCAUUUACGGAUCAAUCAUCAUUGCGGAAUCCUAGUGUGUCACAAGAUCGCACUGGAUUAGAUGCUGCCGCAACUACGCCUGAAGUACACACAGAGAACCCCACAAAUGGAGCUGCCCCGGAAGUUCUCGGGCUCGCCAAUAACCAUGUCAAUCAGCCACAGGUGGAUUCAGAAGGGUUCACCCAGCGCCCUGCAACAAUCGACGAGAUCACGCGUGCCCAGAAUGAGGCAGCCGGCCUAGAUGAGUCUGGCUUGAAUUUGACUAUUCGAGACCAGCCCAUCUUCGAGGAUGAGAGCCAAGCGAAGCAGGCUAUGGAUGAUAUGGCAAAUACUCUCCGAAUGGUUAGUGACAGGCCUCGUCACUCCCCAGACAUGGUGUAUAAUACUUACUUUGCUAUACAGCGGGCUCCACAGCCAGGAAUCAGACGCAAUGCAGGCACUAUCCGCGGACGCCGUGAUGUUCGCAACACAGUGUUUAUUGCUUCCCCUGGCAAUGAGCUUCCGCCAUCAUCGGCAGGAUCGGAGUCCCAGCCCCCAACCUCGCCAAUCAGGCAUAUGACCUCCCCGAGCAUUGCCCCCAGCACUGCUACGGAUGAUUACACUAUGUCAGAUACUACGUCUGUUCGCUCUGGACACGCUAUGCAUGGUCCGGGAGCUUCAGUCCAUCCUGAUUUAUACGAAUCGGGCUUGAAUGCUUCAAUCAUUGAGACCGUCAACGCAUGGUUCUCGGAGGGCAAUGUGACCAAGUCCUUCGUUGUUGGUGAGCUUGCUCUAGCACACAAUCCUACAACUGGUACUGCGGUGGACCAUACCCGCAUCCGACUUGAUAACUUCCAAGUUCUGGAAAAGGUAGCGGCCAAUCCACACUUUGUCCAGGAGGUUGCCAAAGAAGCUGGCGAUGACAAGAGAGGCGAAUACGAUCUCCAGCUGGGCACCAUCUCCCGCCCCAUGCCAACAGUCGCAUUCAAGUAUCAACUGCAUAUCGACCCAACCAACCCCUCUGCCUACUGCCCCGUGAUAUUCAAGCCAGUGUGGAACUUAGAAGAAUCACAGGCUAGCGCCAUCAUCUACUAUACCCUCAACCCAUCAUUCAUCGCCCACACAGCGGAGUCAAUUACCCUGAAGAACCUCGUCUUGACUAUCAAUUUGGACACCGCCACCCAGGACGAAACUACCAAGCAGCCGCGCGAGUCAGUCGCUCACGCCAUCAGCGCCGCCAUGUACCCCAAUACCGGCGCCACAUUCCGUCGCAAGACGUCCACCGUCACAUGGAGAAUCCCCGAGUUGGAAGUCAAGGCCCCCACCACCCCAGGCGCAGAAAGCAAAUUCCUCGUCCGCUUCGUGACGUCCACCCCCGGACCCCGCAAGGGUACCGUCGAAGCAAAGUUCGAGCUUCGUGGCGCCGAAUCUGCUUCUCAGCUGGGUAUCAGCCGUGCUGCCUCCGAUGCAGAGCAAAAGGAAGCCGACCCCUUCGCCGACGAGGGCCGUGAGUCCCCGCUGUCCGCGGCUUCAUGGCUGGGUAUCCCGACUACCCGCAAGUUGAUCGGUGGGAAGUAUGUCUCUUCCUAA